AUGAAAAUAGCUAUCAUUGGACAAUCUGCCUUCGGAGUAGAUGUGUACAAAGCUUUACGUAGUAAUGGACAUGAAAUUGUCGUAGUCUUCACCAUCCCUGAUAAGAAUGGCAGAGAAGAUCUUCUAGCUCUCGAAGCUGCUAAUGAUGGUGUUCCUGUUGAAAAGCCUUCCCGUUGGAGAAGAAAGAAUGCCGAAGGGAAAUUCGAGACUAUUCCGGAAAUGCUCAAACUUUACAAAUCGUUCGGAGCUGAAUUGAACGUUCUCCCUUUCUGCACCCAGUUCAUUCCCUUGGAUAUUACCGAAGCUCCAGAAUAUAAAAGCAUUAUUUAUCAUCCCUCGAUUUUACCAAAACAUAGAGGGGCUUCUGCCAUCAACUGGACCCUAAUAGAAGGAGAUGAAGAAGCAGGGUUGAGUAUAUUUUGGGCUGAUGAUGGACUCGAUACUGGACCAAUUUUGUUGCAAAAAAAGUGCAAGGUCGAGGAAAAUGACACAUUGAACUCGCUCUAUAAACGAUUCUUGUAUCCUGCUGGAGUUGAUGCUAUGGCUGAGGCAGUUGAAUUGAUAGCUGCUGGAAAAGCUCCUAGAAUUGUCCAACCUGUUGAAGGAGCAUCAUAUGAGCCUUACAUCACUACAAAACCUGAAUUAGCAGAAGUUGAUUGGAACAAAACUCGUGAUGAAUUACACAAUUUCAUCAGGGGAAAUGAUAAGGUUCCCGGCGCUUGGUCGACCUUUAAUGAAGAGAAGAUAACAUUUUUCGGAAGUACUAAAUGGAAAUCCAGUUCUCUUCCUGAGGGAAGAAAAAUAGUAAUCAGUGAGAGAAACUUUGAAGUAAUUGCUCAUGAUGGAGGAUUACUUCUUCCGGGAUCGGAUGGUUACUAUGUUAAUAUAGACACUAUUAAAAUUGGGUCUAAAACUAUUCCUGCCAGCAAGUAUGGAGUAGUAGAGGAAAAGGGAGAAGCACUUGUUCUAACUGAUGAAGAGCAGAAAAUUGUUAACGUCACACGGGGUAUCUGGGAGGCUAUUCUGAAGCAACCAGUUUCGGAUGAGACUGAUUUCUUUGAAGCUGGUGCUAGCUCAGCCGAUGUGACAAGACUUGUUGAAGAACUUAAGUUCAAUACUAAAAUUGAGCUAGAAAACACUGAUAUAUACAUGGCCUCUAAGUUUGCAGAUAGUAUUGAUGUGAUAAUUCGUAAAAGUCGAGGAGGAGACACUAUUACUGUUACAUAUGAUGCCAUCGUUAUCAACGCGAACGGGCUAGAAUUGAAGUUUCCUCAUGAGCUCUUCAUUAACGGUAAAUUUGAACCUUCAGCUAGCGGAAGAACUUACGAGACUAUUAACCCUGCGACAGAGCAAGUUAUUUGCUCGUUGCCAAAAGCGAACAUUGCUGAUGUGAACAAAGCUGUAGCGGCUGCUAAAAAUGCAUUCGAGAAUGGAGAAUGGAAGAAAAUGUCAGCUCGAGAACGCGGUAAACGGCUCUUGAAACUGGCUGAUUUGAUGGAACAACAUAAGGACGAGCUGGCAACUCUUGAGUCGUUAGAUUCAGGUGCCGUUUACACUUUAGCACUCAAAACCCAUGUUGGUAUGUCCAUCGACUCAUGGAGGUACUUCGCUGGAUGGUGUGAUAAAAUUCAAGGAACAACAAUACCUAUUUCUGAUGCACGUCCCAACCAUAACCUGUGCAUAACUAAGCGAGAACCUAUUGGAGUUGUGGGUAUGAUUACCCCCUGGAACUAUCCUCUGAUGAUGCUCAGUUGGAAAAUGGCUGCUUGUCUGGCUGCUGGUAAUACGGUUGUACACAAACCAGCUCAGGUCACACCAUUGACUGCUCUCAAAUUUGCUGAGCUCUCUGUUCUUGCUGGAAUUCCUGAAGGUGUCAUCAAUAUUGUGACCGGAUCAGGAAGUGAAAUUGGACAAGCUCUUGCUGAUCAUCCAGACGUCAGAAAAAUUGCUUUCACUGGUUCGACAGAUGUAGGAGCCCAAGUAAUGUCUAGUUGCGCUAAGUCUAACAUAAAAAAAGUGUCACUGGAAUUGGGUGGAAAAUCACCUCUUAUCAUAUUUCCCGAUGCUGAUCUAGAUCGUGCAGUGAAGCAAACGUGCACUGCAGUGUUUUUCAAUAAGGGAGAAAACUGUAUUGCUGCCGGAAGAAUUUUCGUUGCGUCCUCGAUUUACAAUAGUUUCCUGAAAAAACUGAUCGAAGAAACCAAAAAAUAUGUUAUCGGAGAUCCUUUGGAUCGUAGUACCGCUCAUGGACCUCAGAAUCAUAAAGCUCAUCUUGAUAAAUUGGUUGAAUAUGUUCAGAAAUCGGUUGCUGAUGGAGCUAAGGUGGAAAUCGGAGGUGCUCGUAUGGAUCGUCCUGGAUUGUUCUUCCCUCCUACCAUAUUGUCUAAUGUUGAUGACGCUAAUUUCGCUGCUAAAGAAGAAUCAUUCGGUCCUAUCAUGUGUGUGAGCGAAUUCGAUGAAAAUAACAUUUCUGAGGUUAUUCGUCGUGCUAAUGCAACUGAGUUCGGGCUUGCCGCUGGUGUAUUCUCUCAGGAUAUCUCAAAGUGUCUUCGUGUCUCUUCUGAACUCCAUGCUGGAACAGUGUUUGUCAACACGUAUCAAAAGACUGAUGUCGCCGCCCCGUUCGGUGGUUUCAAACAAUCUGGUUUUGGAAAAGAUUUGGGAAUGGAAGCUUUGAAUGAGUAUCUUCUCACAAAAACUAUCACGUUUGAAUAUUAA